CCAACGCUCUUAUUAAUACGCCUAUAGAGUUCUGCAUAUAAUAUCAAUACAAUCAUAAAAGUAAUUAAAAACGAAAUGCAAAGAGACAUUUAUUAGAUAACUAUGAUAGUGAAGAAAAGAGAAAAUCAUUAGGAGAAGAUAAUUGUGUUGUUUGUGAUAAAACUGUGUUUAAAGAACUUAAUCAACCAAAAGACUGAAUAAAAACACGAAACGUGGGACCAAAAGUGCAAGCCUCAAAAUACCAGUGAUACAAGUGAAAUAACUAAUAACAACUGAAGAUCAAAAUGAUAGUGGUGAUGUUAUUUUUACUUCCACUACUAGUGGACGCAAGAAUAACUAUUAAUGUAACAAUAAGUUCGGACGAAACAGAUAUGAAAGUUAACAUCAGUUACAAAGGAAAUCAUGAUAAAGUAGUGACGGAUGAAGAACUGAAACUAUUCAACAUAACUUAUCCAAGACUUAACAAAGGCCUGAGAGUAGAACUUGGCAAAGUACCGAAUGACGUAUUCCUUAAAAACCCAACACCAUACGGUGAUUUGUUUGAGAAGUUCCAUUGGGAACCAAUGAAAAGAAGACUAACAGUUAAAAAGACUAAAAUAUUAGACAUUAUUACUGAAGACGUAGUUCUAGGUAGUCACGAAUACAUUAACAAAGCUACAACCAGUAUAAAGUCUAAGAGAACAAUGAAUACUACUGUUGUAAACCAAUUUAGUUCUACAUGGUCAAAAACUGGUCUUCCAGACAGCGAAAUAUUGACCAACUAUACCAUGAUAUUUGAUUAUGGAAACCACACAUAUGUUAACAAAUGGAGAAACGAAAGUACUAAAGCUGUUAAAAUGACAAUAGGUGUGACUAAAGAUGGACUUAUCACAAUAAAGCCUAAAAGAACUGUAGUGACGAAAUUAAUUGCUUCAAAAACGAUUGUGCUGGUAGAACUUUUGUAUGAAGCAAAACUCGUCGGUAGUAUAAUAGCCAAUUAUGCUGAAGUUUAUGGCAAAUACCAUUUCUGGGCGCCGUCAGUGAAAAGCAUAAUGAAAGCAGGCAACAUGACCAACGAGGUUUUAACUACGGAAAUAUUAGAAAUCAGAUGUUUCACUAAUCCUAGAUUACAAGUCUAUGACAAGUUAACUGGUGAAGUUGUGGAACCGCCCAAAGUAAAGCGGCCGUUAAUGAAAAUACUGAAAAACAAGAAUACAACGCGUGUUAUUUAUAUUACAACAGAAAAACCUAAACCCAGGAAUUUUCUUUGGUUUAGGGAUUUUUAAAAAAAUA